CUUCACACUAUAAAUAGCUUAGCUUGAAGUAGUGGUAAUUAAUUAAUCAAAGCCACCACUCCAUUUUUAGGCCGCACCGUAGCGUAGCAAUGAUGGGAGAACCGAGUGGAGACGACCCGCCGUUCAUGGAGAAAUACAAGAACCUCUUGGACGACCAAGAGGCGAUGGUGGGCCAGGCGGCGGCGGAGGAGGAGCGGGAGCUGCCGCUGAUCGACCUCGGCGAGCUGGACAGCGCGGAGGAGGCGGCCAGGGAGGAGUGCAAGAGGAAGAUAGCGGGGGCUUCCCGGGAGUGGGGCUUCUUCCAGGCGUUCAACCACGGGAUCUCGCCGGAGAUUCUGGGCGAAAUGACGGCGGAGCAGGUGAAGCUCUUCCGCAAGCCCUUCAGCCAGAGGACGAAGGACGUGGAGUUCAACUUCUCCGCCGGCAGUUACCGGUGGGGGACUCCUUCCGCCACCAACAUCCGGCAGCUCUCCUGGUCUGAGGCUUUUCACGUCCAGCUGAGCGAUGUCUCCGCCCCCACCGCUUGCCCAACCCAUCUUAGCUCAACAAUGACGAAAUUCGCAGAAGGGACGAGAGAGUUAGCAGAGAAAUUGUGCAAAAUUUUGGGUGAAGAAUUGGGAGAGAAGUCAAACUACUUUGAACAAAAGUGUUGGUCAAAGAGUAGCUAUGUGAGAAUGAACCGGUACCCGCCAUGCGGCCCAAAUCACGUGUUUGGGCUAAUGCCUCACACCGACACUGAUUUCCUCACCAUAUUACACCAGGAUCAAAUUGGUGGGCUGCAUCUGGUCAAAGAUGACAAAUGGAUCUCUGUUAAGCCCAAACCAAAUACACUCGUCAUUAACAUCGGAGAUAUCUUUCAGGCAUGGAGCAAUGGGAUUUACAAAAGUGUUGAGCACCGAGUUAUUCCCAACCAAACCAAAGAGAGAUUCUCCACGGCUUUCUUCUUUUGUCCAUCGGACGAUACGUUAAUCAACGGUUAUUCUCAGCCUUCUAUUUAUAAACCAUUUACAUUUGGAGAAUACAAACGGCAAGUGCAAGAGGACGUCAAGAACUUGGGCCAAAAACUUGGCCUUCUUAGGUUUCUCAUUUCCCCUCCCUAAAUUACUUGUACUCUGUGUUUUAAAUUUCAUCAUCAACGUUGUUGUUGCUAUCCAUAACAUACCAAUUAUAAAUUCAUAUUUUUCUACUAAUUUUAUGAAUGAAAUCUAUGGUUCUUAUGAUAUUCUGUCACCUUUACACACUAUGUUUUAACACUUUUUCUUGAAUUUCGUAAUCUGAACGAUGAAUUCGAUUAGGGAAUGAAAGGAGUAGAAUGCAUAUACAUCCUUCAAUAUCCACUAUGCAUAUACAUUUUCACUUUCAAGAAUGAGACAAAUAAUUGAUUUCUUCAUCUUGCUAAUCUUGCUUUUGACUUGGCGGCCAUGGAAGCUUUUUUGAUGAUGAUGAUGAUAGAGUCUUAAUUAAUCAAUUAAGAACCCUAGUUUGAUCUUCAAUGGGCUCAAGAUUCAUGGAUACUGUGAAGUAUAUGAGCAACAUUGUUCCUAUGCUAGACCUGCACAUAUGCAUAUAUUCAUGGGAUUUUAUCAUAGUCAUUGAUCGAGAAACCUACUGCUCUUAAUAUGUUUGUCUAAUUUGAUUUCUUAGAGUUAAACUAGACGUUCUUUAAUUAUAUCAACUAAAUAAAUACUCUCUAUUAAU